AUGUCAAAAUUUGGGGCACAGCAGUCUACAUUGCCAUUUGAAAAUCUUCACGAACUCCUGAAACUUGAUAUUUCUUCCAAUAAGCUAACGAUUAUUAGUAGCGAUGCGUUUGUGGGAUUACACAAUUUAAAACGAUUGAUGUUGGAGGACAAUAGAUUAAAUGAUGGUUCUUUGUAUCAGUUUGCAUUUGAAAAUCUGCACGAACUCCUGGAACUUGAUAUUUCUUCUAACAAGCUAACGAUUAUUAGUAGCGAUGCGUUUGUGGGAUUACACAAUUUAAAACGAUUGAUCUUGGAGGACAAUAGAUUAAAUAAUAAUUAUAUGUCCAAAAGUUCUACUAAUAAUUUGUAUUUUAAAGCAGGACAUACUGGCAAGGAAGCAGCCAAACUAGCUCUUGAAUAUGUUAGUAGAAUCGAAAAAAAUCCUUGCACUGGUGGUACCGAGGAGACAUUGGACCUGACCUUCAACCAUACAGCAUGGGAAAAGUACACCCAACCUGCAAUUCUUACAUCAAACUUCCUCUCAUCAGUUAUUCUGAAGAAUAAUGGUUCACUUGAUUCCUUGACUGAUGAAAUGUUCUUCUCCCUAGUAAGAAAUAAUGUAAAUAGUCUGAAAAACGUGUUUGGAUCUUGCAUAGCAAUAGAACCAGGGAUAUAUUCAAACUAUUCUUCGUUUGCACCUUACGCUUACCGUCAGAAUGAGAUUGUGUUUUCUCAUGAUAUAGCUCUAUCGUAUAAGUACCAUGGCAACAAAACUGAGUGGUAUUUUAACUUAAAAAUCAGGAACUGGGAAAAUGCAACAAGAACUGUCUUCAAAACAAAAUACAGUGCCGGUGAUAUAUCUUUACCGGAACAAGAAAUAGUUGUUCUUACAGCCAAGUUAGAAGACGGCCAUUGGACUAAACCGUACUUUGAUUGUGGAGGAGGGGACAUUUGGAUGGUUACAUUUUCAUCUCCUAUAUUGUCACUUGAUUUAACAGAAAGACCCAAGUUUCAAGGCAUAGCUUCAGUUGAUAUACAGUUAACAAAUAUCGACAUUAACCAGUGUGACCAGGAUUCAACACACAUUUACAGUGAUAUUGACAUAUUUCGAGGAACGCAUAGGUGUCCUCCUACAACAGAGUGUAAGUUUAUAAAAGGACGAGGGUUUCAAAGAGGUGCUUAUGAGUGUGUCUGCAGCAAAGGGUACUACUUUCCAGAUUUGAACGCUCAAGUUAAGGCUUUCAGUGGUUUAGAAAUGGAAAAUUCUUCCGAUUCGACUCUAUAUACCUGUCUACCUUGUAAAGUGGGGUGUUCCGAAUGUGAUGAUGACUCACCAUGCCUUUACGAAUACCUGUUUCUAUAUCGGUUCCUGCUUUUACUGCUUACCCUCCUGACAUUUAUUGCUAUUGGAGUGUUGUUUGCCAUAACAGUUAACUUUAGGGAUAAACCGGUAAUAAAGGCUGGAAGUCCUAUUUUCCUGUUGCUUAUGUGUGCUGGAGGUUUACUUGUGUGUACCAUGGGAUUUUUGGCAUAUCCAAAGCCUUCAGAAUUUCUAUGUGCAUCACAGACCUGGGUAUUUCAUAUAGGUUUCAGUCUGAUGUAUGGCGCACUAGUGGCAAAGACAUGGAGGCAUGUAUUACUUACUUGUUAA